GAGGACGAAACAAACAGCUACCAUAAGUAAACCCAAUACCUCGUGAUCCCAAACCCAGUCUUCACCCACAAUGGCGCCCACACUCAACGUCGGCGUCUUCAUUUACGCUGGCGCCGACAUCAUGGACUUUAGUGGCCCCGUAGAAGUCUACUCCACGCGCCCACCCCCCGGCACGCCGCAAGUCUUCUCCGUCAAGACUUUUGCUCACACAAACCCCGUCGGUGGCGAGAAUAGCGUGCUCGUCUAUGUCCCUGGCGCCUCGUUCGCGGAAGUCGAACAGCAGCUCGAAAACUACGAUAUCCUCGUUGUCCCUGGCGCGCACCCGGAUAUCAUUACGGAGUUUGUUGCUAGCGAGCAUGGACAGAAGACGCUGGCGCUUCUGCAGAGAUUCGCAAAGUUGCCGCCGAGAAAGGAGGCAGGGUAUCGGAUUCUGCAGUCUGUGUGCUCGGGGGCUGUUAUCUUGGGUGCGGCCGGUGUGCUGGCGGGACGGACGGCGACGACGCAUCAUAUCUGCUACGAUAUGCUGAAAGAGUAUGCGGAUAAGGCUUCAGGUGGCGAUUCUGGGAUUAACAUUGUGAAGAAGAGGUGGGUGGAUGGCGGGGAGACGGAGGCUGGCGUACGGAUUGUGAAUGCCGGAGGGGUUAGCUCGGGGAUUGACGCGAGUCUUUGGAUUACCGAGUUGGUUGGUGGGAAGGAGCUGUUCCAAUUCACGGAAGAGAUACUGGAGUUUGAGAGACGGGGAGAGGGGCAGGCAUGGGGAGUGAAGCAGGCGUGAGAUAUGUGAAUGUCCGCUUGUAGUACACUGUUGUUGGGUGUGCUGAUACUUCACAUAGGAUUUUAAACUAACUUCUAUAUAUUCCAAGGUAAAGCUAGAGCGUUCUGUAUACGACAUUCGACACAUCGAUGUCGCGAGUACACCCUCGACAACGUACUCGAGAGUGCAACGUCUUUCAACCCAAUCCGAAAAUCCGUUUUACUGCCAUUACACUAUGGUUGCCAAUAAAUUCUCACGUCAAAUUACUAAUUUGACGACAAAGUCUUCUA